CGAGGCCCGAUGCGCGUGAUCUGGCUGAGGCGGCCAGGCGGGGCGGCCGAGCGCUGGGAGGGUCGAUCGGGGGAGUCGGCCCGGCUGCUUGGCGGACGCCGCCAUGUCGCUGCUGCCGCGGGGCCGCUGCUGCGGGGCCGUCACCACGGCCGCCCAGCGGCUCCUGCUGGGGCCCCAGGGACGGGUGUUUGGGAGCCGUGUGUGUAACCCGUACAGAACGUCAGGUUCUUUGCCAGACGAAAAAAAAGCGUUUCUGCAAAAUGGACCAGACUUACAGGACUUUGUAUCUGGAGAUUUGGCAGACAGGAGCGCGUGGGCUGAGUAUAAAGGCAAUUUAAAGCGUCAGAAAGGAGAAAGGCUGCCACUUCCUCCGUGGCUGAAAACAAAGAUUCCCAUGGGAAAGAACUACAAUAAGCUAAAGAAUACCUUGAGAAGUUUAAAUCUUCAUACGGUAUGUGAAGAAGCACGUUGUCCCAACAUUGGAGAGUGCUGGGGAGGUGGUGAACACGCCACAGCUACAGCUACUAUUAUGCUGAUGGGUGACACAUGCACUAGAGGUUGCAGAUUUUGUUCGGUAAAGACAGCAAAAAAUCCACCUCCACUGGAUCCCGAGGAGCCUUACAACACAGCAAAGGCCAUAGCUGAGUGGGGCUUGGAUUAUGUGGUGCUGACGUCUGUGGACAGGGAUGAUAUGCCUGACGGUGGAGCAGAACACUUUGCAAAGACAGUCUCCCAUCUGAAAGAAAGGAACCCUAAGAUUCUGGUGGAAUGCCUGACUCCCGAUUUUCGCGGGGACCUAAAGGCUGUGGAGAAAGUGGCCUUGUCAGGGCUGGACGUGUACGCCCACAACGUGGAAACGGUGCCCGAAUUGCAGAGGAAAGUCCGUGAUCCGCGAGCCAACUUUGAGCAGUCCAUCCGUGUGCUGAAGCACGCUAAAGAGGUGCAGCCCGGCCUCAUCUCUAAAACCUCCAUUAUGCUGGGACUAGGCGAGACAGACGAACAAGUAUAUUCCACAAUGAAAUUAUUGCGGGAGGCGGAUGUAGAUUGUUUGACCCUAGGGCAGUACAUGCAACCAACAAAACGUCACCUAAAGGUCGAUGAGUACGUAACUCCUGAAAAAUUCAAGUACUGGGAAAAAGUCGGAAAUGAUCUUGGAUUCCAUUACACUGCUAGCGGGCCUUUAGUGCGCUCCUCCUAUAAAGCAGGUGAAUUCUUCUUGAAGAACUUGGUAGAAAAAAGAAAGACAAAAGCCAUCUGAAACUGAGAUUGAGCCUAUUUAAAACAGCCAGUUUUAAGGAUCCUUUUUUUCAGUGCAUAAUUAUACUCAGUUCCAGAAACGCAGCAGACCGUAUGGUGGAUGUAUGAAUAGACUUACUAUCUGUCCAGAACACUUUUCCCUCAGCAAAACACUUCACAGUAGUUUACCUUAUUCAUUCUGGCAAGGCUACAACUACAUAGUACUUCCAGUGUUCAGCAACAAGUCAGAAGAUAGAACUGAUUUGAAAGAGUGGUGGAACUGAGGUGGAAGAAAUGUGAGCUGGAAAAAAAAAAAUCAGACAGAUUUAAGUCAACAGGUUUGAUACCACCGUCAGCAGUGCUGCAGUUAAUACCUGUGAAGAUGCCAAUAGGUAAUUUGAAAGGUACUGAUGUUUUGGUGUAUCUUACCAUUAUGCAACAGAAGCUUGCAGGGGCUCUGAGAAAUAGAGGAGUUCUAAGAGAGAUGGUGUACAUGACAAAGGACCAAAUUAGGGCUGUCUUGAACCAUGCCAGAAAAAGUAUCGUUAAUACUUUUUCAAGAGAUGGUGUCUCUUACCUGCAUCUUAAGAAAAUGAGCUGUCCAUUCUGAUGGCUAACGCUUUUCAGGUGCUUGCAUGUCUCAAAGUGUGAGCCUUGAGAAACACAAGGUAUCAAGCUGAAGAAAACAAGAGCCCUGGGGGGCAACACAGUGAACCUUGUGUAAACACUAUAUAAUUUAAACUACAUGGCAAACUGGAGUUGCCAUAACAGCAUAAAUAGAGCUACCCCUACUAAUAAACCCCACUGAGUUGCACAAGUGCUUCUUCGGUAUUGGGUUUGCAGAAUUGUUGUGUUCUGUACCGUGCUUCCUCUCCACAGGUAUCAUCAUUAAAGCAAAGUCAAAUACCCAA